AUGGAUCCUAACACCAAUGUGUCUACUCAAGUACUUCUACCCCCUCGUAACUGGAAAUCAAGUGGGCUGAUCCCCGCGGUGGUUUUGUCCUUUUGCUUUCUCCUGGGAACUCCUGGUAACAUUGCUGUGAUUAUUCUGAAGCCUAACUGGCAGAACAUGUCUCACCUGAGUCGGUGUUUGAUGCUGAAUCUGGCAGUUUCUGACCUGCUAUCUCUGCUGACUCUCCCCAUGUGGAUUUACACUUUGCUACAAAGCUGGACAUUCGGCGAGGUGCCUUGUAAGCUUCUGGGUUAUCUUGUGUACUGUAGCCUUUAUGGAAGCCUGUUGAUUGUGACGGCUUUAAGUGUGCAGCGCUACAUUGUGGUAGUGCAACGACGGAGGUGGAUUCAGGUACAUCAAAGACUGUUGAUGGUUCUGCUUUGGAUUGUUGCUAUGAUCCUGUCUAUCCCUGCUUUGGUGUUUGAACAACUGGGAACUAACAAGGACUGGACGUACUGCUACCCUCAGUUUUCAUCCAAAGCUCAGGGAGUGGCAGUGCUACUGUUAGAGACCACAUCUGGAUUUGCUUCCAUUUUUGUGGUUGCCUAUUCCUACAUUUGCCUCCACAGGAAAGUUACCCAGGCAGCCUUUUUCAAUUAUCCACAGACAACCAGGCUACUAACUAGUAUUGUUAUAAGUAACUUUGUACUUUGGACUCCUCUUCAUGCUAUAAACAUGUUGGCCUUGGGAUCUAUAAGCUUCAAUAAUAAAAGUCUGUUGGAGUUUUGUAUAGAUAUAUGGGACAUUGUCAAAGCCCUUGCAUUUCUAAAUAAUUGCUUUAAUCCACUGCUGUAUGCCUUUACUUCUCAGAAAAUUUGCAUUGUUUGUCAAAACCAGGAAAAUUUACAACGGAUAAGAAUUUCACAAACACAGGAUGCAACUACAACUGCAGAAGCUUCGAUUGACAUUUGA